AAAACUCUGUGCUUCGCCCUGCGGACUCCAGGCGCCGCCAGGCAUGGAUGCUCCAGAGAGCCCCGUGGAAGGCCUCCAAAAAGUCGCCGUUUGUUCUAUCUGCCUCGAGUUUUUCAAAGACCCCGUCUCCAUCGAGUGCGGGCACAAUUUCUGCCGGGUCUGCAUCACCCAGUGCUGCGAGGAGUCCCGGAGACAUUUCUGUUGCCCUCACUGCCGCAGAAGAGCUUGCAAGCGAGAUUUCAGGCCCAACAGGGAACUGGCGAGCAUGGUGGAGCUAGCCAAACGCUUCAAGCUGGAGGAGGAGGUCAAAACCGCAGGAGAGAAAGGCGAGUGUGAGGCACACCAGGAGCCCCUGAAGCUCUUCUGUGAGGAUGACCAAAUCCUCAUCUGUGUGGUUUGUGACAGAUCCAAGGAACAUCGAAGUCACACGGUGACUCCUGUAGAGGAGGCUGCCGUGGACUACAAGGAACAAAUCCAGAAUCAAUCACAGACUCUUAAGCAAGAGAAAGAAAGACUUCAAGACCUUAAACAAGCCAGUGAGCGGUCAGCUGAAGAGUAUCUGGAGAAUUUAGAUGCUGAACGGAAGAAAAUGACCUCUAAAUUUGAAUUGCUGCAUCAGUUCCUUGAAGAAAUGGAGCAGCUCCUUCUGGACCAGCUGGAUGUGAUGGAGAUGGACGUCCGGAAAGGACAGAAGGAAAGCGAUGUCAGAUUCUCAGAGGAGAUUUCCAUUCUUGAGGACCUGAUCAAUGAGAUGGAUGAGAAUUGUAAACAGGCAGCAAGUGAAUUCCUGCAGAAUGUCAAGAAAAUGCUCAACAGAUCUAAGGAAGAGCCUAAUUUGCCUAUGGAGAUUUCUCAAGACCUAAAAGCAAAACUUGGUACAUUUUAUAAGAAAAACAUUUCCUUAGAAAAAAUUCUGAAGAAAUUCAAAGACAUUUUGACGCUUGAAUUGCAAGGAAAAGGAGAGGAUGCAACUGUGACUAUAGGUGUGCAGACAGAUCAAGAAAAAGGAGUCGAUGCAGCUGUGACAAUAGGUGUGCAGACAGAUCAAGAAAAAGGAGUCGAUGCAGCUGUGACAAUAGGUGUGCAGACAGAUCAAGAAAAAGGAGUCGAUGCAACUGUGACAAUAGGUGUGCAGACACAUCAAGAAAAAGGAGUCGAUGCAGCUGUGACAAUAGGUGUGCAGACAGAUCAAGAAAAAGAAGCUAUGACAUUGGAUCUGGACACAGCAGGCCCCUACCUUAUCCUGUCCGACAAUGGGAAAAGCGUGAAGUUGGGGGAUACACGCCAGAAACGUGCCUCAUCCCGAGACCCAAUGAAUGUGUACCCCUGCGUGCUAGGCAGCAAAGGGUUUAGCUCUGGGAAACACUGCUGGGAGGUACUGGUGGUGGAAGGGGGAUGUUGGGCUGUGGGCGUGGCCAAAGGAUCGGUGAAGAAGAAGAAAAAGCUCGACUUCCGGCCUGAAGAGGGAAUCUGGGCUUUAGAGCAUUUAGGAUUUGAUCAUUACCGAGCACUGACCUCCCCUCCAACUCCUCUGCCCCUGAGCAAGGCGCACCAAAUAGUCCAGGUAUGUCUGGACUAUGAGGCAGGCCAGGUAGCGUUUUUUGAUGUAGAGCAGGAUACCUGUAUAUUUACUUUCUCAUCAAUUUCUUUUGGAGGGGAGGUCAUCUAUCCCUGGCUGUGGGUGGGAAUGAGAUCACAGCUCAGACUGUGUCCCUGAAGUUGCAUAUACCUUCUGCUCUGGGGGUGGGGUUAGCUCUAAAGGCCACCUAAGAAUCCACAGAGAUAUUCGGUUUAAGUUGUGAAUACGUAUGAAGCUGAGUAUGUGGGAAGAAUACACUGAGCCAAACCACUAGCCUGUCUCUUAGUAUUAUCUACGUUGACUGGCAGCACCUCUCUAAUACAGAAAGGUAUUCAGCAUCUGCUACCUGAGAUGAUUUAACUUGCAGUACUGUUAGCCAACGGGGUCUAUUGCCUGGUGUGCCAGUGCCCAGUGAUGAACCCAGCUGGUGAGAUUCUAGAAGCAGACAGAACUUUAUUUGAAUAGAGGAGAACCUCAGUAAUCCCAAGGAAUCUGUUAGUAAGGCUUCAGAGUUAACUUCUUAUACAGUGUAUCAAAAAACUUUAAGACAUGCUCAGAUGUCUUCCUGAUACAAACUAUAGGCUUUGCUUCUUUCUAUAUAUGUAUGUUUGCCAAGCUUGCAAUUUCCUCUGACUUAUUUGGAGUUCUCCAGAAAUAGUAAUAUUUUUCUUUUUAAAAAUAAAUUUUAUUUUGAAUUUGUAAA